AAGUAGAGUAUCAUUAUUAUUAUCUUAUGAUAUACGUCAUUUCCAAAGUUAGAAAAAGAAUAUUCAGCUGUCUAUUGAGUCGUUGAUGUCACUUUCCUUACUCGAUAAUCAUACGAUAAUAAACUAUUAAUUUUUAUAAACUAUCUAGUAAUUAAAAUAACCUAGAUAUCAUUCAUUUCAAUCAAAUCAUGACGCUGCACAAAAUAAUUGAAGCCCUAAGAAAAUGUACUGCAAAAAUAAUUGUAAUUUGAAAGGCGGUCAAGUCAACAGAUCCGCCACCGCCGUUUGACCUUUGCCAUAGCGCAGCUUCUUCUUACUUCGGCGGCUCACUCGCCGGCGACCGGGCUUUUGAGCCGCCGACGAGGAGCGGUCCCCCUUAAAUUCUUUAUUCCUCUCCUCUGAUCUACGGAAAUGGUGGUUUUCGGCCACUUGACUGGGACGCACGUGUGGCCCAUGAUUUGAAAAUGAGCUCCCGCGAUCGAGGCAUUCUUGCGAGUCUAAUCCAAUAAAGAAAAGUCAAAAGUGGAAUGCCUAUCCAUUGCCCAGCCGAGGUUUUGUCGAUUUCGCGGGGCCGAGUUGUCGUCGGCAAUCUCGUCUUUUCUUCCACUAUUGUGAUUCUGUGGAGAGGGCCGAAAUCGAACGUCUCUGAAUCGACGUUGGGAGCCUUCUGUGGGCUUAUCCUCUUGGUGUGGAGACAGAAAGAGGGGACCAAUAUGCCCGCUAAUUAAUACGAAACUUCCCACGUUCCCGGCCGCCGGGCGGCGUGCAACCCUUCUUCCCACUUGGGUAUUUUAGCCAAUCGAGUGUGAGAAUUUAGCUGAAACUUGUGGGUUUUAUUUGUUUCUAUUCAGUUAACUCUUCUACUGGUGAUUGAGCAAACAAAACAACUCUUGAAAAGGAGAACCCUCCAGCUAUUUGCACUUUUCUGUUCAUAGUGACCGACUAUGUGGGUUGCUGAUACAAUGAAAAGUGCGUGAAAGCUCUUAAGGUUGGAGUGUAUUUUGACUUACUUCUGAUGGGCAGUUGCUUAAGUGCCAAACCUAUAGCAGGAAGCGCAUAUAAUAAUACAGAGGUGAAGAACUCUAAAGCUGACAGCGAUAGCAGUAAUGGAAAGGAUGUUGGUAGUAUGACUAGCAAGAUCUCAUUGGCUUCCGUGCUGCCCGCCCCUCGGAGUGAGGGUGAAAUCUCGCAGUCCUCCAAUUUGAAGAGCUUCUCUUUUGCAGAGCUCAGUGAGGCAACCAGGAACUUCUGCCCUGAUAGCGUGCUAGGAGAAGGCGGUUCUGGUUCAGUUUUCAAGGGUUGGAUUGAUGAGCAUUCAUUUACUGCUACCAAGCCUGGAACUGGAAUGGGCAUUGCAGUCAAAAGGCUCAACCAAGAUAGUUUUCAAGGUCAGGGAGAAUGGUUGGCUGAAGUGAGUUUUCUGAGCCUACUUGUUCAUUCUCACCUUGUAAAAUUGAUUGGCUAUUGUGUGGAGGAUGAACAACGGCUACUCGUGUGUGAAUUCAUGCCUCGAGGAAGCUUGGAAAAUCAUCUUUUCUUACGGGGUUCCUAUUUUCAACCUCUUUCUUGGAGCCUCCGCUUGAAGGUUGCACUUGGUGCUGCAAAAGGGCUCGCCUUUCUCCACAGUGAUGAAAGAAAAGUGGUCUACCGUGACCUGAGGACGUCUAAUAUCUUGCUUGAUUCUGACUACAAUGCCAAACUUUCUGAUCUUGGGUUUGCCAAAGACACAGGAGCAACAGGCAGUAGCAAUGUCUCUACCAGGGCUAUUGGUACCUCAUAUGCAGCUCCAGAAUAUUUUGCCACAGGUCAUGUAACUACUUUGGCUGAUGUCUAUAGUUUUGGAGUUGUUUUACUGGAAAUGUUGUCUGGGAGGAGAGCAAUUGACAAGAAUCGGCCAUUCAGAGAACAAAAUCUUAUUGAAUGGGCAAGACCUAACCUGGCAAACAAACGUAAGAUCAAUCGAAUAAUUGACGAUCGUCUUGAAGGCCAAUAUUCAUUGGAUGGAGCCUAUAAAGUAUCUACUCUGACACUGCAAUGCCUGUCCAUUGAUCCAAAGUCUAGGCCGAGCAUGAACGAGGUUGUAACAGAACUAGAGCAGCUACAAGAUUCUACAUCCAUUAAUAGCAAUAGAAAUUCAAUACAAAACUGCAGGCCUCGUAGGCAUAGUGCUGAUGAUGCCAAUAGUAUUCGUAGUACUCACGCCCAUCCAUGGCGUCCUGUUUCCCCUGUUUAUACUUAAUCAGAUGCAGGUGAUGGUUUCACAACAGAUCUUAGGUAUCUGGCAGAUACAUAUUAUAGUUGAUUGAUUAUAAACUUCUCAUGCUAAUAGUAUCUGUUAAGCUUGGCAAUUUCUUGGUCAGUUUGUAAACACAGAAUGAAUUGUUCACUAUAAAUUCUCGUUUGAUUAUCAAAGAUUAGAUUAGAUGACUAAGUUUAUCUA